AUGACCACCGCUCACAGACCUACAUUCGAUCCGGCUCGCGGCAAGGAAGCUCUCCGCGGGCCCGCCUACCAUCAGCGCCUCCUACCAGCGUACACACAGCUCAAAUUUAGAAAACCCGGCCAAGGCGGCGAAGCCGACCGCACAACGCGCGACCUGCGCGCCGAACUCGAGGCCGCCGAGGCAGCGCACUACGCCAAGCUCAAGGGCGCCCCCGUCCCCGGCGCCUCGUCAGAGGACCACGCGCCCGAGCCUUCAACCACCAACAAGCGGCCGCUCGCGCUCACCUCGCGGUCAGCGAACGGCGAGAACGGCGACGGAGGUGGCGAUGAUGGCGAAGCGGAAGAAGACCCGGACGCGAAAAGACGGCGCAUCCUCGCCGAGACGCGCGACAUCGACGCGGACGACGACAGCGACGACGGGUCUGGCAAGGGCGGCGACGGCGACGACGACUCGGACGACUCGGACGAGAGCAGCGACGACGACGAGGAGGCGGAGCUGCAGCGCGAGCUGGAGCGGGUGCGGCGCGAGCGGGCCGAGAAGCGGGCGCGCGAGGAGCGCGAGCGGCAGGCGGCCGAGCAGGAGGCGCGCGAGCGGGACAUCGCGCGGGGGAAUCCGCUGCUCAACAAGCCCGACUUCAACGUCAAGCGGCGGUGGGAUGAGGACGUGGUGUUCAAGAACCAGGCGAGGGGCACUGAGGAGAAGGGGAAGAGGAGGGAAUUUAUCAAUGACUUGCUGCGCUCCGAUUUUCACAAGAGGUUCAUGAACAAGUAUGUCCGCUGA